UUGUCGUCCCUUUUCCCGGCCCAAGGCCACCUCAACCAGCUCCUCCAGCUCUCUUGCCUCGUCUCCUCUUACGGCAUCCCCAUCCACUACUUCGCUCCGCUCGUCUUCUCCCGCCAAGCCCGGUCCCGAGCCAACGACCUCAUCAACCCUCACGACCUCCGAAAAAUCCACUUCCACGACAUCCCGACCCCACACUUCGAUUCCCCACGACCCAACCCUGACUCGUCCCACAGGUUUCCCACUCAGCUCUUGUCUGCCUGGUACGCCUCCUUAAGCCUCCGUGAGCUCUUCUCUGUCUUCUUGCUCGACUUGUCCAAGAAAUUCACACGCGUCGUCGUAAUCCACGACCCUAUGAUGGCCUUUGUUGUCCAAGACAUUGCCUCGAUACCCAACGCCGAGUCGUACGUCUUCAACUGCAUAAGCGCGUCGUCCCACAUCUCGUUCCUUUGGUCGUUCCUCACCAAACCCGUCUCGGUCAAACACUCAAAGGAGAUUCCCUCGUUCAACGGGUGCCUGCCGGAGGAGGUGCGCAGCUUCGUGUCCAUUCAGAUGGACCACUUGGACUCCCGAUCGAGAGACAUCUUUAACACGUGCCGACUCGUCGAGGCUCCAUACCUCGAGAUACUCGAGCACGAGGAGAUCUCGGGGGCAAAGAAUAGGAAGUUGUGGGCCAUGGGGCCCAUACUCCCUGCCCCUCGUGCCGAACACCAACGCGAGUGCUUGAGGUGGCUUCACCGGAACGAGCCCAAGUCGGUGGUCUACGUCUCGUUCGGAACCACGAUUUCCCUAACCGACGAGCAGGUGAGAGAGAUCGCGGCCAGGCUCGAGGAGCAGGGCCAAGUUCCUCUGGGUGGUCAGGGAUGCCGACACCAGUGA